AGAGGCCUCUCUAAUCCGUCCUCCAGGACUGAAAACAGGUUUUAUCCUCUCCAGAGCCCUGUGUUUUAACUUUGAUCUAGUCGUAAAUAUUGAUGUAGGCCGACAUUUACAGCUGGUUAUAAAAUGUUUGCACUGGUUCGAAUGAGUGGGCGACAAUGUCAAAAUGAGAGCUGCAAAGAAAACUGGAAAAAUGACAGAAGAGAUUCAGAUUUCUGUGUUUCUUCAGGUGUAUAUGAUUCCUAAAUGAGUCCUCAGGGUUUUUUAAUUGUUUGGCUGUUUUUUUUAUUGUUGUUGGGUUUUUCCUAUUAUAAAUUUAUUCAUGCAAAAUGUCAAUAAACUUUGUAAAUCCUUGUUUUUAUAAGUUUUAAACAAAUGAAAGUUAUUAUUAUUGUAUUUUAAGGUUUUAAAAACCUGCUCAAUCAAUCCAGACAUGAAAAGUUAUAAUAAUAAUAAUAAUACUAAUAAUAAAUUUUAUCUAUAACGCGCUUUUACAGGCACUCAAAGACGCCUUACAAAGAAAAAGAGGAAAUAAAAUAUUUAAAAAAAAAAACACAAUUUAAAAUACAGAAAAUUUUGAGAAAUAAAACCAACGAUUUAAAAGGUUAAAAAAAAAAGACACAAUAUGAGAAAACAAUAAAAGAACAGUUCACAGGUUAAAAGCCCAUUUAAAAAGUUGUGUUUUUAGGAGUGAUUUAAAAGCCAUAAUGAAAUAAUAAAAUAACAAUGAAAAGAAAAUCCAAAUCUUAACGUUCUGAGUAUUAUUAGACCCUCAUUUACCCCAGUCACUGAUUUUUUUCAUGUUUUUUGGCCUCACUGUGCAGGACCUUUUUAAGAUUGGCUGAUUAACAGGAUAAUGUCAUAAAUAACCACAAAAAGUACAAACUGCUGAUCUGUGAGUACUGACAAGGGAAUGUGGUUGUCUACUGGCUGCUAUGAAUCUCUUGCACUUGUCUGGUUUGUUCGUCUGCUGAUUUGCAUGUUAGGAUGGAUCAAACGGCAGGGUAACUGCGAACGGAAUUGCCCUUAGGGGAUAAACAAAGUUGUCUGAAUCUGAAACUGAUAUUUAAAUGUAACUUUCACCUCAUUUUAUUUACAUAAACUUUAAUUUAUUCGUAUAUUAAUGACAAGAAAACACACAGGGGAGAGUGGGGUAAGGCGAGCCAUUUUUCAUAUUUCAGAUCACUACAUCAAGUUAAUCAUAGUUUAGUCUCUUACUAGUGUAAACCAACAGAAUAAGUGUAAACAGAACUGUCUUUAUAAGUGGUCUCCUAUGGUCAACUUACCCCAUGUAUGGUGUAAGAUGACCAAACCCUCACCUCCUUCACCUUCUCUCUCCCUGAAUAACAGUCACUUCUUCACAUUCAUGUGUAUUUUUAUCUACUACGACUACUAUUAUGACUUUAUUAGUCCUCUAAGCUAAAAUGGUGGACUUUUAUGUUGGUUUUUGACCUCAUGUUGUUGCUCAUAGAAACCACAAUCGAUGUAUAAAACAACUUUUAAAUGUUUUUUUGUAAAUAAAUGUCAAACCCCUUCACCCAUGUGCUUCUAACCUUCACAGACUCCAUGAAUUGAUGCCCAUCUCCUAAAUAUUUGGUCACAUGAUCAAUUUCUUUUACCAUUUACAAGCAACAGGGAGUGGCUCAACUUACCCCACUCUCCCCUACAGAGGCACUCCAUCGCUUAAACUAGGACAAGCUACCACAACCAUUAUCAUCAUAAUACGGCUGCUACAUUAAUAAUAAUGAUAUGUAAUUGAAUACAUACCUUAUCAAUGAGCCGGACGAACUUGUCGUUCAGUCCCACCAUGUCGUCCUUCUCCCUGGACUUCCCGGUUCCGUCCGGGACCUUGUUGUUGUUGGUGGGCUGGCUCUUGGUGGGUCCCGUAGACCCGGGUGUGUAGGACUGACUGCUGUAAUCUUUCGCCUUAGACAUCCUGCUGCCUUGUAUCGUGAGUAGAUACACCUGAAAGCCGACCUGGAGAGCGGUGGAGGUACCUCCAACUCUCCUUCUUCAGCUGCUUUUAAGGAGGACGAGGACCACCGUCACCUCCCCACAACUCUGCACCUGUCCAAUGAGAAGAAGACAGGUGAGAUAUGACAGCGAGAAAAACACUGAAGUCAACAUGAAAAACUUGAAUUUCAGCUGGAGACCUGUUUCACCAGGAGUGGUGGUGGGCAGAGGGAGCCAAUGGCAUCUUUGGGGAGGAUUCAAGCGGAAACAGCAGGUAUAAAACCCACCUGUGCGCGCACUCUCAUCCAUCAGGUGACUCUCUUCUCUUCUUCACCUUCUCGCUCUUCAUCCAUCCAGCAGUCAUGCCUUCAAACACGUCCGCCAGCAUGUUCGGUGGAGCCGGAGGAAGGGGCUCCAGGGUCUCCGUGGCCAGCCUGGAGGGUCUGCGCAACGUGCUGCGCAACGAGACCGAGAAAGACUCCGCACCCGCCGCCGCUAAAGCCAAACCCGCCGCGGCCCCGGCUCCCGCCCCCGCCGCUCAGCCCGCAGCCCCCGGGGACGACAAGCAGACGCUGCGGGGUCUGAACGACAGGCUGUCCGGGUACCUGGGCAGGGUGAGGCAGCUGGAGAAGGAGAAUGGAGAUCUGCAGAAGCAGAUCGAUGAGAUCCUGGCGAAGAGGAAGGCUCCAGAGGGGCGAGACUGGGAUAAGGUGGAGAAACCUCUGGAUGACCUCAAGAAGCAGGUUCGUACCAUCAGACUUCUACUCGUUUUUAGCGGAUUGUAAUCAAGUCCAAUCACUUUUGGUGGUUUUUUGUUUGAUAGCUUGGCUUAAUUUCUAUAUUUACAUCCAUAAGUUUGUUAGAAGUGGUGAAAAAAGUUGGAUUUUUACCUCCAAACUAUGACACAAACUAUGUUUUUAUUGUCUAGAUUAAAGACCUCACUUUGGACAAUGCCAAGCUGCUGCUCCAGAUUGACAACACCAACCUGGCCAAUGAUGAUUUUAAGGAGAAGUGAGUUCAUGCAUCUGAAUAAGACAAAAAAAGUUUGUUUUGUAGUAUUUUUGUAAAUAAUUAUUGGGUUUUCGUCCAUCUGUGCAGGCUGGAGGAUGAGAAAAAGGCCCGUAAAGAGCUGGAAAAAGACGUGGAGGACUUGAAGAAGACUAUCGAGGACACCAAGCUGAACGUGAAGCAGACCCAGAAGGAGGUCGACCUGGUGAAGGAGGAGAUCAAACGCCUUGAGGAUGAGCACAAGGAGGUGAAGCUGAAGGCGAUAAAAUUGACUUAAAAUUGGAUAAAAUCAAAGAUAACAUGUUUCUGUGGUUCUCUUAGGAGGUGGACGCUUUGCGCGAGAAGAUAAAGGACUCCGUGGUGAGGGUGGAGAUCGACUCCCAGAACUCCAACCUGGCUGAGAUGCUCAACAAGAUCCGUGGCCAGUAUGAAAAGCUGGCCAAGAAGAACCUGAAGGAGACCGAGGACUGGUACCAGAGCAAAGUACGUGACCCAGCAGAACCAGAAAGCUUCAUUUCCUCUUGUAUUUUUCCAAACCUGACUUUCCUACUCGGGUUUUUCCCCUUUUCUCAGUUUGACCACAUCAAGGUGGAGGAGGCCCAAACCAACGAGGCCUUCAUCUCUGGAAAAACAGAGCUGAAGGAUCUGCUGAAACAGAAGCAAACUCUGGAAAUCAAGAUCCAGAGUAUGCACAGCAUGGUACGCUCACACACACACGAUAAUAACACAUAAUAACCACUUGAAAAACACUCUGACAGGAGCUGCGGUUGUUCUCUGUCGGAGCUGAAACCCUCGCAGGAAGCGUGCAUAACAAAAUAUUUACAAAUUUUUUCGUUUAUGGUGUCAGGAAUGUUAAUACCAGCCGGAGGGGUGUUAGUCUACCUGUCCUCUUCAUGAGCAUUCCUCACUGCCCUGUCAUUAGACUGUAAACCUGCACAAGCCAGACCCGCUCCGGCGAGGGGGCCACCCGGGUCUGCUCUUACGCAACAAAAUAAACAAUGAAUUUAAGAUUUUUACGCCUUUUUCACGAUUUGUUUCAGAACCACAAUCUGGAGGAAACCCUGAAAGCCUCCAAAAUCGAGUACGGUCAGCGCCUGGCCCCCCUCAACAAGCUGAUCAUGGACCUGCAGAGAGAGCUGAAGGAGGUGAGAGCGGAGGUGGAGCGCCUGGUGGAGAACAACAAGAACCUGCUGUGCGUCAAGAUGAAGCUGGAGGCGGAAAUCGACAACUACCAGCAGCUGAUUCUCGGCAUGACGGCUGAACCCGAGAGGUGAGGACGGUCAGAAAUACUUCGUUAUAUCGUUUUUGAUUUAGCGUCUUCUCGACUAACAGCCUGAAAACAAACUAAAAAACACUGAUAGUGCUUUAAAAGUAGCCAAGAACUAGCAUACUUAUCCUCCUCUUCUUCGACAGCUCGGACUUUUGUUUAGAGGACGCCCUAAGUAGCGGUAAGUCGUGGACAUGGAUGACUACGAAAUAACCAAUGACGCAUGUCAGCACUGACGCCUGAUUUAAGAGUUAAACUUGAAAACUAACACUUACUGUCACUUUAAGGAACGAGUUUGAGAAAUACUCUUACUUGCUUUCUUGCCAAGAGUGCGAGAAGACGAUUGACGCCACGGUGCGGCGAAAUAUUCGCUUUCAUGGACUUAUUUUUAUUAGAAGUGACUAAGCUAGCUUCCUAAAGGAGUGGUGUCGCCUUUUUACGAAGUUUGGAGCAACAAAGUAUUUAAGAGUAUUUCUCAAGAUGUCACUAAAUGUACUUUUAACGCUGCCCUCUGUAACUGCAUGGACCACAUUUUAACACCACAUGAUUCUGGCAAAGAAAGGGAUCACAAAAAAAAAAACAUAUUUAUUCACUUUUUGACUCAGAAAACAAAACAAAACUCAAAGAAGUGUUUAAAUAGAUCUCACUAAUCGGAUUCUUUUGUUUCCAGACCAGCAAAAGCCUAAAGAAAAAGUCCCCAAGCAGCAAGAAUCGGUGACAGAAGUAGACCUCGUGAAGCAGGAAAGUUCCCCCUCUCUUGAGUCGGCCUCCCCUAAAGCCCCUGAAGGAGACCCCGUGAAGUCCGAGGGAGCUGCUGCCGACAAAGCAGCGGCUCCCACCCCGCCAAACAACGGACCCACUGAAGAGAAAGCCCCGAAGAAAAACAAAAAGAAGAAAGAUUCUAGCUCCUCCUCUUCUUCUUCUUCUUCCUCCUCUUCUUCUUCAUCUUCCUCCUCCUCUUCCUCAGAGGACGAAGGGAAUAAAAAGGUGAAGAAAGAGGGCGAAGAGGCCAAAGCUUGAUCUUUCUGUUAGCUCACCUGAUGUGAGACGAUUGAGAUGUGAAUCCUAAAUGUGAAAAAUAAACGCAUCUAAAUUCAAA